UAAACUAAGACACCCCCAAAAGAAAUCUCCAAAAUUCAUACUCAUCUUAAAUUAAAAAUAAUUUUAAAAAAAAUAAUUUCCAGAAUUCCUCGAGCAGAUGAAUACUCGCAGCUGAAAUUCUUCAGAUUGCUUGCUGUCCUUGAAUCCGUCGAAGCUGCUGAGUUCGCGCGAUCUCCGAGUUGGCUCGGAACGAUGUCGUCGCCCGACAUUGCCGGAAUCCUCGAAAACUCGAAGGAGCUCGAUCGGCUGAGGAAAGAGCAGGAGGAGGUGCUUCUCGAGAUCAACAAGAUGCACAAGAAGCUCAUAUCUUGUGAGUCGUCUCCGGAGGUGGUUGAAAAGCCGGGUGAUUCUUCACUAUCAAAGCUUAAGAUGUUAUAUGUUCAAGCCAAAGAGUUGUCAGAGAGUGAAGUGAGUAUUUCUAGUCAAUUGUUAGGACAACUGGAUGCAUUAAUGCCUUCUGGAACUCAAGGACAACAUCGGAGACGGAUAGAAGGUAGUGAGCAGAAAAAGAAGAGGGUAAAGGCUGAUUCAGAAGUCCCGAGGCUCUCUCCUUCAAUGAGAAGUCAUCUUGAGUCUUUGGCAAGUUUGAAGGGCGAACAAGUGGCAGCGAGGAUCACUCAAGAGAAUUCUGGAAAGGAUGAGUGGUUUGUGGUUAAAGUAAUCCAUUUUGACAAGGAAACAAGAGAAUUUGAAGUGCUGGACGAGGACCCAGGUGAAGAUGAAGAGAGUACUGUGCAGAGAAAAUACAAGCUGCCCAUGUCACAUAUCAUACCUUUCCCUAAACGGAGCGAUCUAUCGAGCGUCCCCGACUUUCCUACAGGAAGGCAUGUUUUGGCGGUUUAUCCAGAAACCACGGCACUAUAUAAAGCAACUGUAUGCCAGUCUCGUAAGAGGAAAAUUGAUGAUUAUGUUGUGGAAUUCGACGACGAUGAAGAGGAUGGAUCUUUACCACAACGAGUGGUGCCGUUCCACAGGGUUGUCGCCCUUCCUGACGGAUAUCGUCAGUGAUUAUUUGCUAAUAGCAUUGUAAAGUAUGGUGUUUUCUUAGAUGAGGGGGGGUGUGUGUGUUGUGUGUGUGUGUGUGUGUGUGAGAGAGAGAGAGAGAGAGAGGCGUGGCGCCUAAAUGUAUUUAUUUAGCCUCAUCCUAACAGUAACUAAACAAGGCUUAUCCACUUUGAUUUCACUGUAGUAUUAGUAAUGUAAUUGAUUUUGAUAGUA